AUGUCCGCGUCGCCCACCCAACCCGCCAACUCGGCCAAGCGCCCCCUCGAGGAGACCUCGUCCCCUUCGCGUAGCAACGACCAGCCCGACGCGAAGCGCCCAGCCUUGGACAAAAUACUGAAGAGUGAUGAGGAGGUUGAGAUGGCGCAGCCACUCGACGCAACUACCAUCCCAUCCACGGAUGUGAACGGUGCCGACAAGACCAAUGGCGCUGAUACAAAGUCUGAGGCUGGCGACGAAGGCGCCGAAGGUUCCGAGACGAAGCCUAUCCAGAGCUCCGUUGCCGGCUCCGUUCCCGCGACCUCCACGCCCUCGGCAAGUCACGAUGAGAGAGAUUGGAUUCACAUUCGCGCUGUCAUUUCCAGCCCGGAAGCUGCCACCGUCAUUGGAAAGGGUGGAGAAAAUGUAUCAAACAUUCGCAAGAUGUCGGGUGCCAAGUGCACCGUUAGCGAUUACCAAAAGGGGGCCGUUGAGCGCAUCUUGACUGUUAGCGGCGUUGUCGAUGCUGCUGCAAAGGCCUUCGGUCUCAUCAUUCGGACUCUCAACAAUGAGCCUCUGGCCGAGCCAUCCAGUGCCCAGUCAAAGACGUACCCUCUGCGCCUGCUCAUCCCUCACAUCUUGAUCGGUUCCAUCAUCGGAAAGGGCGGCGCUCGUAUCCGCGAGAUCCAGGAGGCUUCCGGUGCAAGGCUUAACGCGUCCGACUCCUGCCUGCCUCUGUCGACCGAGCGUUCGCUGGUGGUUAUGGGUGUUGCUGACGCGGUUCACAUCGCUACAUACUACGUCGGCAGCACCCUGCUAGAGCAGCUGAAUGACCGGUUCGGUGGACCUGCUGCUUCCGCAUAUGCGACAAGGAGUGGUGGCCCCGCUGGCGUUGUCCCUGGCGGCAUGCAAGUUGUCCCAUACAGCCCGCAGCCAACCACUGGCAACUACGGUAACCGCGAUAACUACAACCGCAGACACGACGCUCGCGCCCAACAUCACGGCCUGCCAGCUGCUCCGUACGGCGCGCAGCCCUACCCUCACCAGGCAGCCCAGCCCAACCCGGCCAUGCCCAUUCACUACGGUGCGGCGCAGGCUGGCGGCUAUGGCGCCGCUGCUCCUAUGCAACCCCACGCAGGUGCUGCCAUGCCUCAACCUCACGGCGCUCACCCAGCUCAGCCCGUUCACGGAGGAGCCAUGCCAGGCGCGCCUCUGACCCAGCAGAUCUACAUCCCCAAUGAUAUGGUUGGAGCCAUCAUCGGAAAGGGCGGGCAAAAGAUCAACGAAAUACGCCAGAUCAGCGGUAGUGUGAUUAAGAUCAACGAGCCGCAAGACAACAGCAACGAACGCCUGGUCACAAUCACGGGCACAGAGGAGUGCAACAGGAUGGCGCUUUACAUGCUCUACUCUCGUCUUGAAUCGGAAAAACACCGGAUCUAG